GGUCGAGGUCGCAUCUUCUGUCGUCCGUUGUAUCAGUGUUGUUUGUUGUGUCGGUUGAGAGUGUGUUGUUUGUAAUGCCGUCUGAUGAGGAGGAGAGAUCCAAGACAGAGCAUGUCUCCAGGGACUGGCUCUACCGAGAGCUACGUUCCAACCCGGGCAGGCUCAUCAUUCUCGACUGCCGUUCUUCCAACGAGUUCGGCGAGUCCCACAUCAGGCAAGCGGUCAACUUCUCCAUCCCCAGCAUCAUGCUCAGAAGAUUGGCCGCUGGUAAGAUAGAUCUGGCCAGUACAGUUCGCUCCAGGGAACUAAAGGAGAGGAUUGUGAACGCUCUGAAGGAGAACGUCUUCGUCUUGUACGGUGACUCCAGCCCUCCAGAGAAGGGUAACGACACGAUCUGUAUCCUGUCGAAGAGGCUGGCUCAAGACGGUUGCCGCGUCGUCUGCCUCGAAGAUAGUUUUGCUCAAUUCCGAGCAAGCUAUCCAGAGUGGUGUGAAACCGUGGAUGACAGUCUCUCUGCCUCUGACCCUGACCUUCCUCUGAUGGGAUUAAGAUCUUUGCGCAUUUCUGCCUACAAUGCAGGAGGGCGCUGUGCCAAGUGUGACGAAUGCUCCUGUUCGCCACCAUGCCUUCCGGGGAAAUCAGGUCAUGAGGAAGAUUCUCUUGUCGAAAUCUUACCCUUCUUGUUUCUUGGCAAUGCUGCCAACUCUGCAGAUCUAGAGCUGCUUGUCAAGCAUGGUAUCAAGUACAUUUUGAAUGUUACUCCGGACCUGCCAAACGUCUUUGAAGGGAAAGGUGAGAUUCAGUACAUGAAGAUUCCUAUUGCAGAUCAUUGGAGUCAGAAUCUUGCAGCUCACUUUCCGAAGGCCAUCGAGUUUAUAGACGAGGCGAGGUCGAAGGAAGCUGGGGUUCUAGUCCACUGUGUAGCAGGUGUUUCACGUUCCGUGACUGUUACUCUCGGCUACCUCAUGUCUAGGCUGGGAUUAUCACUGAAUGAUGCCUUCGCCCUUGUUCGGACACGUAAGGCCAACGUUGCUCCAAACUUUCACUUCAUGGAGCAGUUGCACACGUUUGAACAGGAGUUGGCCGGGGGAAAGUCCUCAUCGAGCAGUAUUCAGCCAGCUGUCGGUACUUUCUUGUCGCCGGCAGGUAUUGGCCAAAGCCCAGACUCUGGAAUAGAGUUUGACCGCUGGACCCCAGGGACAGGGGAAUGACACGAAGAGGCAAGAUAUCCUUUCUAAGCUCUCUUCCAAUUAUCCAGGCUUGGCUUACUAUAUCAUUUUGUAUUUAGUUUGCCUUUUUUUAAUUUUAUUAAUUUGUAUAUUAACUGUGUAUUAUAUAUUUUUUAAAAGAAAGAAGUCCUGUUUUCUUACUUUUUUAUUGAGUUACAUAUUUUUAAUAUUGUCAUUGUUUACUUUAAUUACGCCCUUGCGGAUUUUAAGUUAAUUAUCAUUAUAUUGAUGAAGUCCAAUAUGUUAUUUGGAUUAUAGUGGGUUACAGAUCGUGAUCCACAGACACUACCAUCUUGCUUGGUUAUGACUAUUUUUCUUUUUGUACUUUAAGAUGAGUAUUGACGUUUGAUGUUGAAUUAUUUUUGACUAAUGUUGAAUUUAUUGUUACAUAAAGUUUUUAAAUAUUACUAAACAUCAAUAUAUGUAUGUGGUAUAUAUAUAUAUCACCUUAUAGGUACAUUGUUUCUUUCCCUCUCACUGUGUUAUUAAAAAAAAAACUGUUAAACGGAGAAAUGUGUAAAUAAGAGAUGCUUGUAUAUAGACAUUAAUGAAGGAUUAUAUGUUUUGGUCUUGUAUUGAAAUAAAAACGCUCAUGUCUGCUACCAGACAAUCCUCAGUGUAUAAAUGUCAGCCUAGUUGAGCCUCGAAGGGAAAUAAUGAUUUAUAAAUAUAUAUUACAUGUUACUCUAUAUAUAUAUAUAUAUAUAUAUAUAUAUAUAUAUAUAUAUAUAUAUUAUCUAGGUUAUAUGUGUAUGCACAUACUUUUAACUAUUGUGGCUAUAAAUGUGCCAUAGCCUUUGGUAUUUUGUUUCAUAAGGGAAUUGAUGAUCUCUGUUUUUUUCUUUAAAAUAUUUCUUUUCUGAAAGAUAAUUUAUUUUGUAUUUACUAUAUUAUAUUCAGUUCUUCAUGUGCAAUAUUUUAUGUAAGUUAUAAGUAAUUUAAAUUUAAUAAUACAAACUAAAGUGGCUUAUAAUGAAUUAUAUAACAUUCUAAUAAAAGAUUAGAAAAAGCUAUUGUAACACUUAAUAAAGAUUUCAUAUUGUCAAGUUAAAUAAGAGGUAUUAUGGUUCCCUUAUGAUGGUGCUGUGUAAGAUGAUCAUUGAAGAGCCCAUUUUCUUGAAGGAACUUGUCAUUUUUUUUUUUCUAAACAUUCCAUACAUUUCAUUUCUUCGAAUAGAAGUUGUAUUUUUGUAUUGAUUUUUUUUUUUACUAACCUUUUAAAGAUUUUUAUUCAUGUACAAAGUAGAUUAAUUUUUAUUUUAAGUAUUCUUAUUUUUUAUUUCUAUUAAAGUGUGUAGUGGGGACCAAUCGUAAUGAAACUAUUGAAAUUAUAGUAAACAUUCAUUACUUAUAUAAAUAUUUUUUAUUAUUGAUUUUUUUUUUCUUGUCUGAUUGCUAAUUGCUAUAAUGUCUGUCUUGUCUUUAUUUUGUUAUAAAAAAAAUCACUUGCAGUCUGACUUAAGAGUAAUUUCAAUGCAAGUUUCCUGCUUGCUAAAAUGUAACAGAAAAACAUAUUUCAAGUAUUUUAUUAUUAAAUUAUCACGAGUCCUCUGUUUAUUUGGACUCACAGUUAAGUGCUUCAUCAAAAUAUAAAUAAAUAAUUUUUUUUAAAUUCCAUUAUUAGCUUAAAUUUAUCAUUUAUUGUAUAAGAAUUCAUGAAAAUGCCUAUAUUUAAUGUAAUGUAUUAUAUAUUCUUUCUCCACUAAAAAGCAUCAGACUCAAAUACAAUUUUUAAAUUGAUCAUGUUAAAAGUUGUUGGUAUUGAUUUUAUUUAAAUGUUUGUAUGGUAGUAAUUAAAAAAAAAAAAUGACAUAUUUCUCUUACUGGUCUCACUAGGUUUGCCAGAUUGUAAAUGUAUUUUUUUGAAUCGUGCCACUUAUAAUAUAUUCGUAAAAUAUUUUUGUGCCAAGUAUAAAUAUUUGUGGCAUUUAGGGAAAGAAAAUUUUAAAAUUAAAAAAAAAAAUCUUUAAUAAUUUAUAUUGUCCUAUGUUGUUUUAAAUAAAUAUGUGGUGUAGCCAUUAUUAGAUCUGUGUAUAGAACUUGUCUACUGUAAAUUAGACUUACCUUAUUGUGUAAGUAAGGAGAGUUUGAGAUGUAGUUUUAAAAUUUCUCUGUAUUUUAUAUAGAAGUCGAAUGUGAGCGUAUCCCACAGGGUGCAGUGUUUUCUAAACAUUGGUAAUCUUUACUUCCAUUAUUUUAAAUAGAUCUGUCUGUAUAUAAAGGCUUGGUUUUCACUGAUUGACCAGAACUGCUAAAGUCAAAUUAUAUACAGAAAAUAUCUGCCAGUGCCAUCUUUAAUUGUGUUAUUAAGUGCCAUCAGUAUUUGUUCUGAUACAUGUUAGACUAGUCUCAAAUAAUAUAAAAAAUAGGCUCUUGUAAAUUGCAAAUUAUUUUUCAAUCUAUUUUUUUUUUUUAAACAUUUUUUAUUUUACAUCAGGCCUUAAUUUAAGAUACAAUUUCUAUUCUGUUCCAUCUUUACUUUCUUAAUUUAUUAAGCGGUUUUGUACAAUCAGUUUGAAGACCACAGGGAGUUAUAUUACAAUGUAAUAUGGAUAUUUUAAUCAUUCCAUGAAUUCGUAUACCAAAAAUAUAUAUCAGUUUUUAUUAAAUUUUUUAUGUAUUAAAUAUUUUGUAUUGUGCUUCAUUUUUGGGUGGGAUGGGAUGUACAUUUUAUAUAGCUCCCAUGAAACCGGUAAAAGACAAAGAUGGAUAAGGGACUAGGAAAUCUUUCCGUAAUAUGUUCUUUCUUCCUAGUCUACCUUCUAUGUCAGUGUAAUGUAUAUUAUUAUUAAUAAUAACAUAUGAAAGUCUUUCAAAUUUUAAUGUUAUAACAUUACAAAUAUUUAAUUUUAAAUUAAUAAGUAGAUGUGUUUAAAUUAUAAUGCAUUCUGUAAUGUUAGAUGUAAGAAAUAUGAAUCAUUUCUUCUAAAAAUUUGUUAUUAAUAGCUUACAAGAUUGCAUUUACCGCCAUAAUAUUGACCAGCAAGUUACCAAAUGAUGUUCUGUAUUGUUCAAGGUGUUACAGAGAUCUUUCUAAUUUGCUCUUUAAUGAAAAUUUAGAACUUUUACUCUUGAAAUUUUAUUUGGUCUGCCUAUGCAUAACCCAGCCCAGCUGUUUUACAAACAUCUGACAGUAACUGUAGUUACACCAUUAUCUGUUUUUAAACAUGUAUUUAAUAAAUAUCAUCUGUUUUAAAACAUAUGUAUUUAAUAUUUCUAAUUAAAUUAGCCACAUCAUAGUUGGUUUCUUAAUCUACAAUUGUUUCAACAAAAAUAUUCAUUUAUUGAGCAGAUUAGAUGAGGUCAUGAUCAUGACAUCUGGUUAUGAAUCCCUUUGAUAAAUGAAUCAUCUUUCAUUAUUAGAGUUAAUUGUUUAUUCAGGAAUAUUGUAACUAUAAUCAAUAUAUAUUUUUUUAUAUUGUUUCCUAAACAGAUGCAACUAUCUUCAUUUUGUUUGUUUGGUGAUAUGAAGCAUGUUAUAGUUACCAGAGUGACAGCGUAUCUCCUUUCGAUAUAACUAUUUCUUUAAGUGCCAAAGAUAGCAUGUGCCAAAAUGAGGCCAAGUCCUUUUACCAUCUCUAUUUCUUUUUCAUAUUUGUACGUCUCAUUUUUUUAAUUUUAUUUUAAGAAGAUUUUUAUAGAUUUAAUUUUGGAGUUCUUUCUGUUCGACUAUGGACUUAUUUUUAAUUUAUACAUUAUAUUGAUUGCAGAUUCACAUUUAUAACAGCUAUUAUUUAUUCAUUCUAUGCUAUUAUAAUGUUUAUUUUUGUUAAAAUAUGAUGCAAACAAAACCCUCUGAUAUGGAAUCAUUUAUGAAAAUAAUGUGUUAGAAAAAAAAGAUUUUCAAUUUGUUAUUUUAUUUAUGAGAUAUCUUUAAAACAUAAUAUACUUAAACUUGUUCUAUAAGCAACGACAAACAGAUUUUUCCUGUUUGCUAUCUUGAAAUAGUGAUAUUUACAAUAUAAAUAUUAAAAUGCACUAUGUAGAGUAUGUUUAUUAUAAUAAUAUAAUUGUACCUUGUAGAAAUUAUCGUCAUUGUAUGUUGUCAUCUGUGUAGUUCAAAAAUUCUCAAAACAGUUAGUAAAACUAUAAGAAACUGGAAUAAAGCAAACUUAACUAUU